CAAACCAAUCAAAUUAAACCCCAAUCUUUACGGCCCCUACAAUUUUUCUUCACAAUUACGCAGGAUUUUUCUUUACGGAAUCUCUUGGCAUGUACAGUUCACCGACAAAUGUUUAGUUUAUAAAUCUAACGCUAUCUACUGAUUUUCUUUCUAUCAACCACAUUGCCAUGGCUUCGGACACCAACAAAGAGGUUCUCAUCGACCUCUCUCCAGUCAUCAAACUAUAUAAAGAUGGCACCGUCGAGAGGCUCAUUGAUUCACCCUAUGUUCCUCCGUCGCCGGAUGACGCUGCCACUGGCGUAGUUUCUAAAGACUUGAACAUUACGCCAGUGGUUCAAGCCAGACUAUACCUCCCAACACUCACAGAACCAAAACAAAAGCUCCCAGUUUUGGUUUAUUACCAUGGCGGUGGAUUUUGCAUCGGAUCCGCCUUCAAUUCCCUCGAGAAACGUUACAUUAGCAUGUUAGCGGCCGAAGCAAAAGCUUUAAUCGUUUCUGUUGAAUACCGGCUCGCCCCUCAACACCCUUUGCCUAUAGCAUAUGAAGAUUCCUGGACUGGUCUUCAAUGGGUAUCUUCGCACGUUACUGAAAAACCGGGCAUCGAAAAGGAACCAUGGCUAACUGAACACAGUGAUUUCAGUAAAAUCUAUAUAGGUGGCGACAGUGCUGGAGGCAAUAUAGUUCAUAAUAUUCUUCUCCGAGCUGGGGCAGAACCUUUGCCCGGGGAUGUGAAAAUUGUGGGCGCAUUCCUGUCUCAUCCUUACUUCUGGGGAUCAAAGCCAAUCGGGUCCGAAACAAAAGAAGAAAUUGAGCAGAAUGUAGCAUGUAAGAUGUGGUUAUUUGCUUAUCCGUCAGCUCCUGGUGGGAUUGACAAUGCGAUGAUCAAUCCAUUUGUAGAAGAUGCGCCGAGUUUAUCGGGGCUGGGGUGUUCAAGGCUGCUGGUUUGUGUAGCAGAGAAGGAUCCAUUUAGGUCGAGAGGAGUUCUUUAUGUUGAGACUGUAAAGAAAAGUGGCUGGAAUGGGGAGGUGGAGAUGGUGGAGGUUGAAGGAGAAGAUCAUUGCUUCCAUAUGUUCAAUCCUGAAACAGAGAAAGCAAAGGAUCUGAUCAAGCGCUUGGCUUCUUUUAUUUCAUACUGAGAUUAUAUUACUCAUGUUUUUCUUUCUUCUGUUUAUGUUGUUAUCAUCAUCUUCUUGUGGAAAUAAAAUUGUCGGACGAAUAUUUUCAUCCUUCUGUGUAA